AUGUCGCCAGUCCUCUUCACCACUGGGCAGGACGCUGAUAGCAUGUCCCAACCAACUACCGCACCGGGCCAUCGCCCCUUGACGCUGCCUGAUCGUGCUGUAUCGCGUGAUACCAUUGCGCAAGCAUAUAUGCAAUUCAUCUUCUAUUGCAACCCCGCGCUACCCCCUGACUGCGAUUCUGGUAGUCUGGAAGAGGCCUUUCGCAACCCUCCUCGUAGCGGGGGCAAGGUAUUUGAGCCCUUUGCCAUUUACGAGCUGGUGCGCCUAUUCUACAACAAGGAAAUCAAAACAUGGACAGAGUUGACCAUCACUUUGGGUGUUGAGCCCCCCGACAUCACAAAAGAUGAGAGUGCACAAAAAGUUGCACAGUACGGUGUUCGUUUAAAGAAAUGGAUGCAUUCGAUGCACGUCAAGUCCUUCUUCGAGUAUCUGAUGGAUAUCCCCAAUGAGUAUUGGACGGAUGUACCGCAAGAUUCUAACCCGAUAUCUCGUCCCAUACGAGACGGCGUGGCCGUCGAGGAUGAUAUGGCCCUGCGUGCACUGUUGCCUCAUAUUCGGCCAAAGAGGGGUCGCAAACGCCCAGAACAGGAGGAUGCCGCCAGCACGCCUUCACAAAAGCCGCGUGUAUCGCCGCCGAAUUUAAACGAUGAUAUAGCUUCCGAUGCUAAUAACAUGGCUGCCUCCUCAUUUGACCAGAUCCAAACACCCGCCACUGCAUGGCCAAGCCAGGACGUCCCGCAAAUACCGCUCUCGAGAUGGCCGCAAUCAGCGGCUACGCCUACUAUAAAGGGUGCUUUUUGGGGCGACGAUGCGCUUGAACCAAAGUCUGCCAUCACACCAUCCAAACCUAGUCAGAGAAGAGGCGCCAAGAAUGUGUCGUCGGCCUGGAGGCUCGGAGGCUUAGAACACGGCUCCAAGACAAGAGGUCGCCCGCCCAUCAACCGAACACCGAUAGACACUCCAAACAUGUCCAAUGCUACAUGGACACCUACUCAAGGAUCAUACGAAAUACCACGAGAUUUGACAUCUCAACCCACUCACGUUAAUGGCAACGCCUCACAACCGCCGCUACACUCACCAGCUGCACCCUUCGCACACCCUAAACCCCCAGCACCGCCGCCCAAGCCUAAUCAACCAGGUUCAGAGAACCCCCGGCCGGCUCGUCCAAGCAUCUCUCUGCAAGUUCCUGAGCGGCAGGGCGGUGCUGUUAGGUUGGCCACGCCGCCGCCCCCCACUCAAGCGCCGCCGCGCGGACAGUCUAUCGGGGAGCAAUUGGCAGCAGUAACUGGAAAUCAGACUCAAAACGGUGGCACAGGCCAUCCUACUGUUAACAAAGGAUUAUCUCCAUGGGAUAAUGCCGCGGCUACAUCCCAAAAUGCUCCAGACCCUCCGACGGCGAGCGAGUUUGACCCGCCACGGGAAAGCAUUCCUGACUAUUACUUUGCGACAGUAGAAAACCGCCAAAACAUAGACGAUCUGAUUGCAUACUUUGUCCGGGCAUCAAUUGGAGCCGACUGGUUUGAGACUGACGGCAGCCCAGGCAAACGAGCCACGGUCGACGAAGCCAACGCCAUCACCAAUGCCACGCUCCAAAAUAUGUACAGGAGCUCCAACACCAUCAAGGAGUUUCUCAUCAACCUGGCUGCGCUAGCCGGCGCACGUAUGCUUAUGACUGGCGUGUCUCGCUGCCAGCGCCUUGGCGAGCGUGAUGGGCACACUUCAUACCAGUGCGAGUGGGAGUAUCGCUUCGGUACGCUUAGCGGCUACUUUAAUAUGGUUGUAAAUGUGCCGUUUAGCAUGUGGAGAGCAAAGCAAAACAAAGACGCUGCCGGAAAGGGCCUAGGUGCCGACGGAGCACAGCUAACCGCUGUGGAGUGGCAAGAAAAGUAUCGCGAGCUGCUGCUAGAAAUGGAAAGGAAGGAUAUGGAGCUAUUUCGCCUCAAGAAUAGCGUUGUUGCAUCUUUGGGAAGUGGUAACAACAGCUGA